CCUAGCAAAUUACCGCGUUCGGGUCUCGGGUGGGAGUUACUGUUACUUGUGGGUGGUAGUUACUGUUACUCGCGCUGUUACCGCUGCCGCUUCGCACCGCUCCGCGAAAAUCCAAAUCGAAAAACAGACGAAAAGACCGCGACGGCUCGCAGGAACCAGAGGCCCAAUAACCACACGACCAAAGUGGCAUUACUAACGUAAACAAACCAAACAGAAUCGGAAAUAAAGUGCAAUGAAGGUCUGCUGCAUUGGCGCUGGAUAUGUCGGCGGUCCGACCUGUGCGGUUAUGGCGCUUAAAUGCCCGGACAUCGUGAUAACCCUGGUGGACAAGAGUUCCGAGCGCAUAGCCCAGUGGAAUUCCGAUAAAUUGCCCAUCUACGAGCCCGGCCUAGAUGAUGUGGUGAAGAAGUGUCGCAACGUGAACCUGUUCUUCUCCACGGACAUCGAGACGGCCAUCAAGGAGGCGGAUCUCAUCUUCAUCUCCGUCAACACGCCCACCAAGACCUGCGGCAAUGGCAAGGGUCGAGCGGCGGACCUCAAGUAUGUGGAGAGUGCAGCGCGAAUGAUUGCCGAGAUUGCCCAGUCCAAUAAGAUUGUGGUGGAGAAGAGCACGGUGCCCGUACGAGCGGCGGAGAGCAUCAUGCACAUACUCCGGGCUAACCAGAAGCCCGGCAUCCACUACGACAUCCUCUCCAAUCCGGAGUUCCUGGCCGAGGGCACCGCCAUCAACGACCUCUUGAAUGCCGAUCGCGUUCUAAUCGGCGGCGAAGAGACACCCGAGGGACACAAGGCCGUGGAGAAGCUGUCGUGGAUCUACGAGCACUGGAUACCCAAGCAGCACAUUCUGACCACUAACACGUGGAGCAGUGAACUGUCCAAGCUGGCGGCGAAUGCCUUCUUGGCCCAGCGCAUUUCCAGCAUUAAUUCUCUGUCGGCGGUUUGCGAGGCAACCGGAGCAGAUGUCUCCGAAGUAGGGAGAGCAGUGGGCUUGGACUCUCGUAUCGGUUCCAAGUUCCUGCAGGCUUCGGUUGGCUUUGGCGGCAGUUGCUUCCAGAAGGAUAUCCUGAAUCUGAUUUACAUUUGCGAGAACCUUAAUCUGCCGGAGGUGGCUGCCUACUGGCAGCAGGUGAUCGACAUGAACGAGUACCAAAAACGACGAUUCUCGCAGAAGAUCAUUGAGAGUUUGUUCAACACGGUGUCCGACAAGCGGAUAGCCAUCCUGGGCUUUGCUUUCAAGAAGAACACGGGCGAUACCCGUGAAACGGCUGCCAUAACUGUGUGCCAAACUCUGUUGGAGGAGGGUGCCAAGUUGGACAUCUACGAUCCCAAGGUGGAGCCCGAACAGAUAAUCGACGACCUAACCCAUCCUACGGUCACGGAAUCGCCAGAGUACGUGAAGGAGGCCGUCCAGAUCCACAGUGAUCCGUACAGUGCGGUCAGAGCCACACAUGCUCUGGUUAUCUGCACCGAGUGGGACGAGUUUGUGGAUCUGGACUUCAAACGCAUCUACCAGUCGAUGAUGAAGCCGGCCUACAUCUUCGACGGUCGGAAGAUACUCGAUCACGAGAGACUGCAGCAGAUCGGUUUCCAUGUCCAGACCAUCGGAAAGAAGUACCAACGCGCUGGACUGCUGAGGUCCUGGGGCAUUGUGCCGCAACUUUAGGCACAGAGGGGGGCGGCGGUGGUGGCAUUUACACUUAAAGUUGGCGAAAUUUCCAGUAUUUGCGAGACUAAAUUGUAAAUAUCCGUAUCUGAUUCUGUAAUCUGAGUGUGUGUUAGAGUGGCUCAAAUUUGUAGUUUAAAUUCUCUGGGAAUUUUGAAUCAUAAACAAUUAGAAGUUUUGUAUCUUUAACUCGUCAAUAAUCUUAAAAUUUAUAAUUGCAUAUUAUUCAUGUUUACUUUCCACAAAAAAUUAACCCACUUCAAGGACGCAUUUCGUACAAGUUUUAUGGAAUAAUCCAAUUAUUUCUCUCCAUUUCCAUUAAUUUUGUAUCUUUCUAACAUCGAGCCAUUCUAAAGUGUGUGUGUUCAUAUAUACAUAGUUAAAGUAUUCCGCUCGGCAAGUCCGAGGGGAAUCCCCGAAACCGUAUUUGUAUUCCUAUUUCUAUUACCGUGUGGCAAUAUAACCCACCGCAGGACAAUCCUCACCUGCGGGGCUCAAUAAAACAAGCAUUUACACGAGAGCAUGUAAAUUUUAUAAAAAUAAUAA